GCUGCUUUACCCCACUGAAUACGGGAACAUCUACCCCGAGGAGUUGUUCGCCAGUGCACCUUCCGGGCUGACUGUGCGUCUCCUCGCUGCGUCCUACGACUGUGACAUGCUCGCGGAGGCGUCCAGCUAUGCCUCGCCGACAGUUGUGGACAAGGCGGUGGACUCCGGCAACAACGCCUGGGCCGCCUUGGCUUUGGCGCACUUCGCAUCGGUGACAGGGCAAGGCUGCUACGGCACUGCUGCUAAUGAUAUUCUCGAGGCCAUCUCUGCGGCAGGCACCUGCAAUGAUGACUUCGGUGGAUUCUUGGCGCGCUUGCCACCCACGCGAGUUCAUCAACGUGCCACCGAGCACCAGAUCGACAUCUUUGCUUUAGCAGGCAUGCUCGGGAACGCCGAGCUUCAAGAGCGAGCAUCGCGGUUUAUUCAGAAGAUGCACGGGCGGCACGAGGCCUACCCAGACGCGUAUGCGCUGGGCACCGGCGCGCAAGUGAGGUGCGACACUGGCAGGUCACACUACGACCUGGUGCCAACCGAUGCGCAGUUCUGGAGCUUCCUCGCGGAGGCAGAUCCGAAUCAUGGUGCGGUGGGGAGCGCCAUUAGCUUUUCCAUUUACAGCGACUGGCUCUGGGACACAGAUGUUGACAAGCUAUCCGGCAAGGAACCGCCAGCUCACUUGCACGGGACCAAGUUCACCUCCAAGGGCUUCGGGAUCCAGUGGGAGGAGACAGCCGGGGCAGCGAUGGCCCUGGCACACUUCCUCUACCGACAUUCCGAUGGCAGUGAUGCCGAUUUCAUUCUCCAGCUGAAGUAUCGGCUAAACGCCAGCCGGCUGUCGCUCCGCACGCUGCUGCAGACCUACGGCGCAGUUCCGGCUUCGGUGCGUGGUGGAAACGGUCAGCAGUACACUCUGCACGAUUCGUACGGUCCAUUUCCUGGCGGAUCAGACACUGGCAUGGGCUUCUCGUACCUGCGGAUGAUCCACACCGCCAGCACCGCUUGGACGGGGCUCCUCAUGCUUUACCAGACCACAGAGGAGGACACUGUCUUUGAGGCAGCCAACCCGAUGCUGAUUUCGGCGAAUGCUGCAGUUCCCCUUGGUGGAACCGAGUGUCUUCCGCUGCAGGAGCCACCGGCCGCGGCAAUCUCCACACGAGAGUGCGUGCUGCGUGCUUCCUAA